GUGUGCUCAAGUGGUGCAAGAGAAGCAGCCUAGAAAAAUGGGAAACCACCCGUCCGCCCACCAGCCGCUCGAGAAAGGCGCCAGCCAUGGGAACGGCCUACGUUUCUCGAAGCGAGAGAGGUCGCCGGUCAAGAGGAUGGACCGUCUACGGAAGAGCUUUCGAGAUAGCUUUCGCAGGCGAAAAGACUCCCACGCAAGCGACCCAAGCAAACCUCAUCAGUGGCAGGCGGACGAAAGCGCAGUGCGAUCGUCGACUUGCGCCUUUCACGUCAAGUAUUUGGGAUGCGUCGAGGUGUACGAAUCCAGGGGGAUGCAAGUUUGCGAAGAAGCUUUGAAAGUACUGAGAAAUUCAAGGAGACGACCAGUUCGAGCGAUACUUUAUGUCUCUGCCGAUGGCCUUAGAGUUGUCGAGGAUGAAACGAAAGGAUUAAUCGUUGAUCAGACUAUCGAGAAAGUAUCUUUUUGUGCUCCUGAUAGAAAUCAUGAUCAAGGAUUCAGUUAUAUUUGUAGAGAUGGUACUACAAGACGCUGGAUGUGUCACGGAUUCUUGGCAUUAAAAGAAACAGGAGAAAGACUGAGUCAUGCGGUUGGUUGUGCUUUCGCUGCUUGCCUGGAAAGGAAACAACGUAGGGAUAAAGAGUGCGGUGUAUCAAUGUCGUACGAUCAAAAGACUUCGACAUUUACGAGGACCGGCAGUUUUCGUCAGCCGUCGCUUACGGAACGACUGCAAGAUAGUCUUGAACGAGCAAUCGAUGUUCCACCAGCACGACGUGUUUACAACCCGUACGCGAUCGAGAGGCCGCACGCGACGCCGUCGAUGCUCGAGCGUCAAGGCUCAUUUCGAGGUUUCAAUCAGUUGAAUCAAGCUUCGCCCUUCAAACGCCAGCUAAGUUUGCGUGUCAAUGAUCUACCGAGUAAUCUCGAGCGCACCCGCAGUCACAGCCUCGAGCCAACUGAUUUGGCGCGUAUGCCCCUCACCCACCCCCAUCAAAUACCUGUUAAGCCACCCGAGUACAACGGAACCGAAGAAGUGAGUCCCAUUCCUGAGAUAUCGCCAAGUGGCCAGGACAGCGUUUCAGCAAUGUGUCAGCAAUUGGCGCGCGGCCUAUCGUUGCUCUCCAGUAGCGACGAUUACGGCCCGGUCAUCACUCACACGGCCACGAGUACGGUCGUCAAAAAACUCUUCAACACCACAACGACGAUGGGCAGCUUACCAAUGGCGGAUAGCAAUUCUGUCGAACGCUCGAAGCUCGAAAAUGGACAGGCCAUCAACACCACCAAUACCAACGCUAAUACUACCCAUAGCGAUAAUGGUGGUCGAUUGAACAGUGACGGGAUGAAUUGGCAGGAACAUCCAAACACCCAAUUAUCGGCGAAUCACCGAUUAACGCCGAUCCUCAACCAGUGCUGCUCACUAAGUCCAGUUUUGUCUAGAAACGACACGAGCAAUACUCCAUCCAUUCCCCUUACGAUCGCCUCAAUCUUCGAAACGCCGGCGGCGAGUCCAGUCUUCAGCACGGCAUCGACUUCGUCCCUCGGCAGCGCUGUCGGGCCCAUAAUCAACAGAUCGCCUGCCCUGGUCGCACAAUCGGCUCUGGCUUCGUUGAGCUACACGCCCAGUCUCGCCUCGGCUUCGGCCUCGGCCUCGCCCUCGUCCUCGUCCGCGCGCACCACCGCCAUCGCCACGGCCGUAUCCACACCUACGCCGGGUUCGCCGGGCUCGACGGACCUUGCCGACACGUCGGAAAUCAGCGCCAUCUCCACGAGCCCGCAACCAAUAACCGUUGAACCGAUUGAGCCAGUAGCGAGCACGAGGAACCUACCGAAACCGGAGCAGUGGCUGGGCAACGUGACGACGCAGGCGACGGAAGCCGUCCCCGCCAACUCCGCUACUCCAAGACGAGCGCCACCACUGCAUACACGAGCGAUGUCCCUUGGAUCUACGGGUAUGAGUCCGAAUGCCACGAGGACGGGUGUAACCGGGGAUCCCUUCGAUGCCGAGUGGGCGGAGAUCGCAGCUCGCAAUCUCAGACAGGCCUCCACUACCAAUCCCUUCAUCGUACCCAAUACCACACAAGCUUUCCAGGUGCAAUUAUAGCGCGAGGAGUUAAGUAAAAGUAUCGCCGAGUAUUAUCGCACCCAGACACGAUGAGAAAAUUUCUUCAUAAUGUAAAGAGAAGUCUUUCGUCAUCGUAACGAGAAAAUCUGCAAUAAAUAGAAACGAGAGCGAGACUUUCAUAUUUUUUACGCAAAGUCGAGAUGCUUAUUAGCGUCAAAUGCACUUAGUUUCAAUAUCAAGCCCAAGUUUGAUAUGUAAAUGACAGUUAUCGCUCGGAACACGGCUAGAUCGAAUGGAUAAUUAUGAAAUAGUAAUUCGUAAAGAAUUUAAGGAGAGAAUUAAAAGCAAAAUAAAAGAUGCUCAAAUGAAAGUUACUAUUACGACGUCAAUUUCGUUUUUCCAAGUUUCAUCAUAGUAUUUUCUAGUAUAUCGUCUUGGAUAAUAAGAUCAUAUAUUUAUUAAAUUUAUUAAAUUUGUAAAGCGAUUGAGUUACCGCCGCUGUAGCUACACAUUGGCAUAAUUUCAGAGCAAUUUAUGCGCAUUGAGUAUUAUAAUUUUUGUGCAUAUGUUUUGAAAGAUGAUAUUUGUUAGAUAAGCAUAUGUAGAUGUAACAUACGGUAAAGUGUAGUUUAUAAAUAAAUACACGUUGAUUAGUUUAAUAAGAAUUUAUUAAGCACGUUUUGUACGGCGAGUCAUGCGCAUUCGAGACAUACUCAUUACUGAUCUUUCUCGAAUUUUUACCGCGUGUACUCACCUCGCACACACUUCCAAACACGAGUACAAACAAUACUUUAGUACCGUUUGCUAUAUCUAACAAUAUUAAUUGGGGGAGAGCGUAAGAGUGCCAUUCAAGUGGAUUUUUGUACAUAUUGUUUGCGCUUAUUGAAAAAUUUUACCUUCUUAGUACUAUUCUUAG